AUGGCCGCCAAAAUGUUUUCCCUCGAGGGACAAACCGCUCUUCUCACUGGCGGCACCCGCGGUAUUGGCCAAUCCGUCGCCAUUGGUCUUGCCGAGGCUGGAGCCAACGUCCUGCUCGUCCAGCGCGACACGGCCGUAACCACCACCCGCGACGCCAUUCGUGCCCUCGGCCGCACCUCUGAAAUCUACACUGCCGACCUCAGCGACCCCGCCAGUGUCGCUGCUCUCGUUCCGAAGGUCCUCGCCGACGGCCACCAGAUCCGCAUCCUCGUCAACUGCGCCGGGAUCCAGCGCCGCCACCCAGCGCACAAGUUCCCCGACAACGACUUUAAUGAGGUCUUGCAGGUCAACCUCAACGCCGUCUUCACCGUGACGCGCGACAUUGGUGCCCACAUGCUCGAGCUCGAGCCCGACGCCGUGACCGGCAGACGGGGAAGCAUUAUCAGCUACGCCUCGCUGCUGUCCUUCCAAGGCGGUUUCACAGUGCCGGCGUACGCCGCCUCCAAGGGCGCUGUGGCUCAGUUGACCAAGAGCUUCGCCAACGAGUGGACAUCCAAGGGUGUGACCGUCAACGCCAUCGCGCCGGGAUACAUCGAGACUGAUAUGAACGAAGCUCUACUGGCGGACAAAGAGCGCCUCGCCAGCAUCAGCGCGCGCAUCCCCGCCGGUCGUUGGGGAUCGCCCGAGGACUUCCAGGGUACGACGGUGUACCUGGCCAGUCGUGCGAGUGGCUACGUUAGCGGACAUACACUCGUCGUUGACGGCGGCUGGAUGGGAAGGUAA